AUGACUGCCAUUAUUUUCUGCAAGCCACUUGAAACCUGCCUUCACAAUACUUGUCUUCAUAAUCAAGGCCCCAUAUCCUCGUCUUCCAAGCUUAAGGCUACAGCCAAAAUUGUGCCUGUUGCUGAACCAUUGGUUAGGGACCAACAUAAAGGCAAGGCUCCAAUGGAUCCAACUACUCAGACAAACACCCCCUCAGUUCCGAAAUUGAUGGCAGACUCUUUCGCAGCCUCGCAGAGACAAGCACAAAGAGGAACUACCACCCGUACCCCUGCCGAGACAGAGGUCACGGCAAAGAAGAGAAAAGUGCCUUCCACUGCUCCUGCUCUAAAUACAGACCUAAGUGAUUGGGAUAUCCCUCGCAGCCAAAUGAGAAAAAGAAGGAGAUUACUCCUUACUGUUACUGAUGAUGAAGAUCCUUCCACUUCUCCUCAACACAUUCAUCCAAUUCCCAGUCCCAUCAGCAAUGUACCCAGAGAACCCACUGUACAACCAACUCCACCACCACCUGAAGCAUCUCAACAAGCUUCCUUACAACCUGUUUCACAGUCUUUGCCACAGCAAUCUACACAAUCUGCAGCACAACAUCCUUCCACUUCUCCUCAACACAUUGAUCCAAUUCCUAGUCCCAUCACCAUCACCAAUGUACCCAGAGAACCCACUGUAGAACCAACUCCACCACCACCUGAAGCAUCUCAACAAACUUCCUUACAACCUCCUUCACAGUCUUCGCCACAGCAACCUACACAAUCUACAUCACACAAUCCUUCACAGCUAGAACCUCCUCCUAUUGCUCUCAGGGAUGUCACAGUUGGGGCUGUCUCGAUGGAGGUUGAUUACCCAGGGGGCACUGAGCCUGUUAUUGUCCCUUCUGUCUUCAGCCCUCAACCAUCACCAUCCAAUCCCUCCAAUUCCCAAACUUCAAAUAAAGAAUCAGAGGAUUGA